GAAAUUUGUUUGUUGGGUUUUUGUGUUGAAAGGUAGACGGAAGCCCGCGUGUUGCUGCCGCUCGAGCGCGGACCGGGGGAUGAGCGGCGGAGAGGUCCGGUUUCCACAAACAACCGUCGACGGGACGCGAUGGUCGCCCUGUUUCUUUUUUCUUUUUUGAAACGGCGGGGAAGUUCGGGACCCUCGGCGGCUCUUUUGUUGUUCCGGAGGAGGCCACGCAGCCCUCCGCCAGCGCGCGUGACCGCGGGAGGAGGCGCGUCGGAGGCAGAAAGAUGCGCCCGGAGGGCAGGAGCUCGACCUGCCUCUUUGUAGGCCGAAGGACUUGAAUUUUCCGCCUGUUGAAGGACCGGGGAGGAUUCCCAUUCAUUUGCGCGCUACCCGGUUGGGGGGUGGAGGAAGGGAUCGGACAUUUGGAUCGUUUUCUACGGGGACGCCACCGGUGGGGCCUGGGAGUCUCCCAUUGUCCCGCCUAGCGCCCUGUUCUUCCGCUGCUGGUCCUCGCAGGCCUGUAGCGAUGCUCCAUCAGCCACACUCACACCAGGCCCGUUUCUGUAUUCUGUUAAGAAGACACCAGUCAUCACACCGUUUCAGUCAGAACACAAGAGCUUCAGACCUCAGGAACCUGCGGCUUCCCUUUGCUUGGACUCUCCCACCCCUCUUCCCUCUUCCUCUCCGUAGCCCCCCCUGCUCUCCGGCCUCCCUUCUCCUGCUCCCUCCUCCUCGGCCUCCAAGAUAGAUUCCCUCAGGAGCAAGGUUGACCUGCUCAAGCUGCCUCUGGCUCUUUCCACCAAGUCCAUCUCGGAGCGCAAGAGCCAGCUGGGAGGAGUCUGCGAGCAGCACGCCAAGGGGGGAGGAGGUGGGGCCCGUAAAGCCCGCCUACUGCCGACCCGCGACAUGGACAACGACUCGCAGUACUCGGGCUACUCCUACAAGUCCUCCCACUCCAGAAGCUCCCGCAAGCACAGGGACCGGAGGGACCGUCAUCGCUCCAAGAGCCGAGACAGCAGCAGCCGUGGAGACAAAUCGGUCACCAUCCAAACUCCAGGAGAGCCGCUUCUGGAUGCAGAGUCCACCCGUGGAGAUGACCGGGAUGAUAACUGGGGCGAGACGACCACCGUGGUCACAGGCACCUCAGAGCACAGCAUCUCCAACGAGGACCUGACCCGCGCCACCAAAGACUUAGAGGACUCCACCCCUCUGCAGUGCAAGCGCUUCGUCGGCCCAGUGCUGGGGGGCUGCCUGAGCUUCUUUGCUCUGAUCACGCCUCUAGCCUUCCUCAUCCUCCCCCAGGUCCUGUGGCGGGACGACCUGGAUACCUGCGGGACGCCUUGCGAGGGUCUCUACGUCUCGCUGGCCUUCAAGCUCCUUGUUCUUCUCAUCUCGUCCUGGGCGCUGUUCCUCCGCCCUCCCCGCGCCACCCUGCCUCGUUUUUUCGUCUUCCGCUGCUUGCUCAUGGUGUUGGUGUUCCUGUUUGUGGCGUCCUACUGGUUGUUCUACGGCGUGCGAGUGCUGGAGCCCCGGGAGAAGGACUACAGGGGCAUUGUGGAGUACGCCGCCUCCCUUGUGGACGCCCUCCUCUUCAUCCAGUACCUGGCUUUGGUCUUACUGGAAGUCCGACACCUGCAGCCAGCCUUCUGUCUGAAGGUGGUCCGGAGCGCAGAUGGAGCCAGCAAAUUCUACAAUGUGGGCCACCUCAGCAUCCAGCGGGCAGCGGUCUGGGUGCUGGACCGUUAUUACAGCGACUUUCCCGUCUACAACCCCGCCCUGCUCAACCUGCCCAAGUCCAUUCUGUCCAAGAAGAUGACGGGCUUCAAGGUUUACUCUCUUGACGAAAACACGACCAACAACUCUACAGGCCAGUCGCGAGCCAUGAUCGCAGCCGCUGCCAGGAGGAGAGACAACUCCCACAAUGAGUACUACUACGAGGAGGCCGAGAUGGAGCGCAGGAUACGGAAGCGUAAAGCCAGGUUAGUGGUGGCGGUAGAAGAGGCCUUCACACACAUCAAGCGUCUCCACAAGGAUGAGGCCACCUCGUCUCCCAAACACCCCAGAGAGGAGAUGGACCCCCGGGAGGCGGCUCAAGCCAUCUUUGCCCCGAUGGCGCGAGCCAUGCAGAAGUACCUGAGGACCACGCGGCAGCAGGCCUUCCACAGCAUGGAGAGCAUCAUCUCACACCUGCAGUUCUGCAUCACGCAUAACAUGACCCCCAAGGCUUUCCUGGAGCGUUACCUGACUCCCGGCCCCACCAUGCAGUACCAGCAGCAGACCGGCGGAGGGCGCCAGUGGACUUUGGUGAGCGAGGAGCCGGUGACUUCCGCCCUCCGUCAGGGUCUGGUCUUCUCCCUGCGGCGUCUGGACUUCUCCCUGGUCGUCACGGUGACACCCCUGCCCUUCCUGCGGCUCGGGGAGGAGUUUAUCGACCCCAAGAGCCACAAAUUCGUCAUGAGGCUGCAGUCGGAGACCUCGGUUUGAACUCCUCUCUUCUGCUCCGUCCUGCUGGAAUGAGAAAACAAUGAAGAAGAGGAGGAGCAUGUAGAAUUGCCACUGCUAUCAAAGAGUGGUCAGUGAAACGAAGAGGCCUUUUCUCCUCCAGUGUCUUCAUAGCACACUGUAAAAACCUUUCUUCCUCUUUGCCUCGUCACCCGCCGUAACCACUGAACUCGAGACGUGAAGUCCAGAGGAAGCAGUUGAUACACCACUGCCUCCUGGUCCUUUUUCAGACGGGACCGCUUCGUUCGGAAGAUACAGAAUGUAGCAAUAUGUUCAGCCAGCCAAUGUAUGUCCUUUUUAUGACUGUUAAUAAGAGUGGAUGUGCAUUCCUAAUCAUGCAGCAGCGAUGCUUUAGUUUGGUGAUGCUGCUGGUCACUCUCCUCUCACACGUAGCGUGUUAGCUUUUUGAUGAUUUUAAAAGGGGUUUAUUUAAAAAAAGUGAAAAAUCACCAGGUUCAAUCACUCAAUCAAAGUUUCCAUUUAGUCAGACUAUUGCUGCGAUUUAAAACAACACCCUAAUGGGAAUUUCUGAAAUUUUAUUCAUGCUUUAAAUGAUUUUUUAUAUAAAAAUGAUCUGCUUUAAUGUUUGUGAUGCUUUUGUUUAACUUUUUAACACCAGAGAUUUAGCUCCAGAUUUGAUGUUUUUUUACUUAUUGUAGCUUUUAGAUCGUUAAGGUCAUUCCAGCAGGUUCUGAAGCAGAGAAAAGCGGCGCUGCUGGAAUGACCUUAACGAUUAAAAAGUAGUUAUUUAAGUGUCGUCGGCGACGUCUCUGGUGUUAAAGGGUUAAACAGAAAAUCUGUUGGCCUCCCAUCAUAAAAUAUGAGACAACUUUACCUUACUUUUGAUAUUCCGAAGACGAAAAACUCCUAAUCUUUUUGUUUUUUCGAAAUAAAAUUUCGUAUUUUAUUGGUAUAAUCCAAUACUUCACUUAAAUACGACAGGAUGAACAAAGAUGGAAAUCAUAACCAUGAAGUCAUUCAACGUAAGGGCUAUUUUUGACGUUUGUCAACCCUCCAAGUGAGCAUUCUCAGUUUCACUUCUCCGUGCAAAUUGACCACUUGGCAAACAGUCUGUAAUCCAAUAAAAAGUUCUGAAUUCAUGUUUCGGACUGAGCGGGCAGCUAUGCUUUAACUCCAGAUGGACGGACUCCUCACUGUUCCGUUCAUGUCCCAUAAAACCAGACAUGUGAUUGUACCUCCCGAGAAGCAGCAGCUUUACUCCGCCUUACUCUGCAGACGAGAAAAAGCAAAGGGCUCCUCCGUCUCACAUAUCUGAGCGCUGGAUGACUGGUUCUUGAAAACCCUUUAAAUAUUUUUCCAGAAUGACCCAAAUCCUUUUUUUAAAUAAAAAUGCAUGCUUGCAAUUCAUUUUGGGUGCAUUUUUUUAUGUUUUUUAAGGUGCCUAAGUUAUGAUGAUGCAAUGUUUUUACUGAAAAAGAAAGGAGGCUUGUAAAAAGUAUUUGUAGGUUUGUGUUCCCUUUUGUAACUGUAGUUUGUAUAGUGUUUUAGACACUUUUUCAUCAUUAAAACCUUCUUUUCCUUA